GUUAUUAUCAUCAUCAUCAUCAUGACGAUUAUGAGAAUAAAACGAACCACGACCAAGAGAUGGUCGUGAAACGAACUCCCGGGAACUGUGAUUUGGGCCAGUCAGCAGGGAUUGAAGGAAAAGAGAAGUGCCAGAGGAUAGGAGGGGGAAACCGAGCCACCAUAGUUUCGAUUCAAGUUUCAACCAAAUGGUCGAAACUUGUCUUCGAUUCGAUCCAAUCCAAUCCAACCAAAAAAUCCAAUUUUUUUUUUUUUUUUCUGCGUUUACGAUUUGUUAUUUACCAUUACACGUUGACAUCACCGAUCAAGAACUCUUGUGGGUUGGUGCAGUGCCCUACAUUAUACUGGCUACGUUAGCAUUCCACGAACUUUCAGCAUAAUACUGAUAAUACGCCGUAGCAUCGUGCAUCGUCUCCAAGGCUGUCGCGACAAAUAUUAAUCAGUGCUUUAGUCGCGACCAGGCACCGACGCUCAUACAUCGAGAUCCAGCUGACAAUGUUCGAGUACGACGACGACGACCUGGUUUACGAGAUAAAUGCCUCUCCGACGAGCCCGUCUCGGUUCGACCGAUUGCUGCGGUCGCGGUGGGACGACGCGAUGGAGAAGGGCCACUUCUGGUACAGGCUGGACAAGCUGGAAACCAGGAUCCUGCCCGGAAAAUACAGGUUCGUGGCUCAGCUGAACGUAAAGAGGGCUCAGGAGAGGAGGAAACCCCAGCAUGUGUCCUCUGUGGUCAUGCCUUUCAACCCUGACCUGUUCAACUUCACCAGGGUUAAAGACUCCGAGGUCCUAUUUGAAUUGAGGAAAACUGACAAGUGUUCCACAGCUACCAAGCCGGGACAUUGUGUGGUGAUCAAUGUGAGCCCACUGGAGUACUGCAACGCCCUGCUCGUUCCAAGCCUUGCGGACUGCCUGCCACAGGUAUGCUGCAGCCGCCUCUCGGUCAGCAUGCCACCAGUCAAACGGCUGACGGGCCUGUCGGCAUGUUCUCUGCAGGUUCUGUCACCCAACGGUCUGAUGCUUGCCAUCGAUGCCGUGUUGCUCAGCAGCAGUCCUGCUCUCAGGGUCGGCUUCAACAGUCUGGGAGGUUUUGCGUCGGUCAACCACCAGCACUAUCACCUCUACUAUCUGGAGCACAGGCUACACCUCGAAACAGCGCGAGUGACCCGCAUCUUUGGAGAGUACCAUGAGUUGCAAGACUACCCGGCCGAAGGUUUUGCAUUCCAGGUGUCCAGAGAGAACAAGGAAGCUGUGGUGAGACACAUCAUGGCACUGGUGGGCGUGCUUCUGGAGACUUCGACCGCACACAACCUGUUUGUCACCAGGGGCACUGCCUUUCGAGAGGGGAGUGUUGGGCUCUCAGUCGUCAGGGUCUACCUCUGGGCAAGGAAGUCGUGCUACGGAGCCAAGGAUGAGUCUGCAUUUAAUGUGGCCCUUUGCGAACUUGGAGGACACCUGCCAAUGAAAAAUGACGACGGUUUUCGCUCGGCCACCGAAGACUCUGUUGCAGCCGUGUUGAGGGACUUCUGUCACGAGACCUUUGUGAAAGUUCGGGCGAAGAUGGCAAGUUUGGAGAAGGACAGUGAAGAAGCAUCUAUGGAUCGCACCAGCUGAGCUGUACAUCCGCAUUAAAUAUUUUAUUUCAACUCGGAAGCAAAAAGU